AUGUCUCAAUCGCAAGUGCUCCAAGCUCGCAACGAGACAACCACCAGGCUCUAUGCAGACCCUCACAACCCCCAUCUCCACCUUGAACGAGGCAUUCAGUAUGAAAAGCUGGGCUUCCCCGACCUCGCCUCUGCAGAUGCAUACCGCGCGCUGGCACUGCUAGAGUCAGUGGUUGACCCAGAUGAAUGCGAGUUCCAUGCCAGACGGAAGAUAGACCCUUCCCAGCAAGCUCCGGAGAAAGCGACAAAUGAAUCAGAUGAUGAAGACGAAGACGAAGAUGAUAACACUGUGCCCAUCACGCAAGAUGAAUACGAUGCCAUCAUUGACCAGGUGUAUGUCCUUUUAAUACGCAGUCUCGUCCGCUGCGGCUGUUACCGCGAUGCAUUCGAAUUCGGCGUGCGCGGGUUAGCCCUCCUCGAAAAGAGAUCCGCAACAGCCUCAGUAGCCGCUUUGAACAUUCAGAUGGACCGUGUGAAGCAAAUUUACAAAUCUCGCACCGACUCCAAAACCGAAAACGUCAACCUAGACUCAAUCGAUCCCAGUGUCCUCCCCGCACAGGGCUUCGCCCGCCGUGUCCUGUAUCCCUGGAACGAGCACGAGCCUGACCGCCGCUCACCAGAGACCCUGAAAAUGCUCAACGAGCGACUGGCAGUCAUCGCACCGAAAUGUGAAGUCCGCGCAGUAGAACUACCAGUUCUGCACGCCUCCGCAGACGACCACUCAUCAAACAUGGACGUCUCCAUCCAACUCGGCCUCUUCGCAAAAGAAGAUAUCGCCCCAGACGAGAUCAUCCUCCGUGAAUCAUCACUUCUCACAGCAACCAACCGUCUCCACGACGAUCUCUGCGACGCAUGCAACGCCCCACUCCCAGAACUCUCCUCCGCCGAGCCCCCCGUCGCCUGCGACGGCGGCUGCGUAGACAUCAUCUUCUGCAGCCAGAAAUGCCACGACACCGCGCAGGAGGUGUACCACGGUGCGAUCUGCGGGUUGGAGGACGGCCUCGACUCUAUCGGGAAGGAUGUCCCCGAUCCCAAGGAUAAAGCCGAUUACCUAUACCUUCUUCUGCUGGGCCGCGCGCUUGCCAUGUCCGAAACGCAGGAUAAGCACCCGCUCGACCUGCCGGAAGUGAAGUAUAUCUGGGGUGAUUUCCACGAUUUCGAUAUCGAGGCUGUCUCGGAAGCGGAGACAACGCCUACUACAGACGAUACCGCUACGCUCCCCUUCUCCUUCCAGCUCAAUGUUCUUCAGCCGGAACGUUUCCUCGAUGAAAUGGGUCUAGAUCCUUAUGCUGUGCUCUAUAGAUAUGAUACCUGGGUUCUGAAUACGCUGUUUGCGAAGUUCCGUGGUACGGCGUCGGGUCGGUUGUCGACUUGGGAUGGAGGUCCGGAGUUGUGUGCUGUUCAUCCGAUGUGGUGUCUUGCGAACCAUUCGUGUGAUCCUAACGUGACGUGGGAAUGGAGUAGUGAGAUUAAUUUCCGUGCGCGGAGAGAUGAUGAGACGGCUGUUUGGUCGCGUGGGCAUGAAAUGAAGGAGCUCAGACCUGGGGGUAUUGCGAAGGAUUCGGAGAUUCUGAAUCAUUAUUGCGAUAUUGGAUUGCCGGUUCAGAAGAGGAGGGAGUGGGCUGCUGGAGCUUUGGGUGGGACUUGUUUGUGUGAUAGAUGUGUUUGGGAGGCUGGUGAGGUUGAAUAG